AUGCUACAACUUUGGAAUAAUACCCGAGAAAUGGCGUUUAAAUUCACAUCUGAUGAUAGCAAGCAUAAGAUCUUCACGCUUUCUGAGGAGGAAUUCAAAGAGCCAAUUCAAGAUGAAUACGCCAAAGAAAUCGGUGCAUUAUCACCUGCUGAAUUAUACGACAAUUAUAAUCCAGGUUUCAAUCAUUUUAGGCAAAAUUCAAUCGUGUUAUUUUGA